AUGAUCUCCUCGUCCUCCUUCCUGGACCAGGUGACCACCGUCGUCCCCGUCUCGGUCCUCCUGGUCCUGGUCCUCCCGGUCCUGGUCCUCCUGGUCUUGGCCCUCACCAAGCUGUUUUCCGGGAGCGGCCACCAGGGGGCGGAGGAGGCCCGGGCCGUGCUGGUGACCGGGUGCGACAGCGGCUUCGGACGGCAGCUGGCGCUCUGCCUGGACCGCAGGGGCUUCCUGGUGUUCGCGGGCUGUCUGAGUCCAGACGGAGCCGGAGCCCGGGGCCUGCUGGAGCAGAGCUCCGGGACGCUGAAGGUCCUCAAGCUGGACGUGACCAAAGAGGACGACCUGCGCCAGGCCAAGAGCGCCGUGCUGGAACACCUGCCAGAGAAAGGUCUGUGGGCGGUGGUGAACAAUGCUGGGAUCUCCGACUGGGCGGAGAUCGAGUGGAGCUCCACCCAGGACUUCUGCAACAUGCUGGACGUCAACCUGCUGGGCUCCAUCAGGACCUCCAUCACCUUCCUGCCUCUUGUCCGCCAAGCCAGAGGUCGGAUGGUGUUCGUGUCCAGCAUCUUCUCCUUCUUCCACUGCCUCAACAUGUCAGCCUACAGCGUCUCCAAGAGAGGCCUGGAGGCCUUCGCCGACUGCCUACGGGUGGAGAUGGCCAGCUUCGGGGUGAAGGUCAGCAUCAUCCAGCCGGGGAACUUCGGCCGAGCCACCAGCAUCCUGAAGGAGAAGAGCGCCGCUGACAUCUGGGAGAAGCUGGACCUGGAGCAGAGGCGGAGUUUCAACCGGCAGUACGUGGAGCUGGCCGUGGACUACUACAAGUCCACCUGCAGGUCGGGAUUCCAGGAGCCCGACAUGGUGAUCGACGCCAUGCUGCACGCCAUCACGGCGUCUCGCCCCCAGUCCAGAUACCUGCUGGCGUCCCGUGUGGACUGGCUGUUCUUCAGGCUCUUCCCCUUCCUGCCCACUGUCCUCUCUGACGCCUUCUUCAGCCUCAGCUCCAUGUACUCCAAGAGGAAACAGCUGCUGUACGCCCAGUAG